AUUUUGCUUUCGGAAAAGUGUGAUGCCUUUGCUGGCGGUCGUUUUCACCCUGAAAAUCUCCCUUUUAUCAUCUUUUAGCAAUGCAUAGAGUCUCAUAGGAUUGUAGAUAAGCGUGCAAUUGAGGUGUUUUGCAUAUCACACUUCAAUCAUUUUAUACGGAUUGCGCGGAAUUGAGGAAGAUUUUUCGCAAUGGCUCAGUUUUAUGUUGUACAGAAUUCAGACGACAACGAAUGCUACAUUCCCGCCGGCAUCAGAUUCGUCAAUCUACCGGAUGACGUGCAGUUCCAGCCGCAAUCGCGGCUGAUUCUCACGGAGCCCGUAAUAGCGGACCAGCAGAUGCAGUAUGUGUACCAGCGACCGGCCACGCAGCAAGUCGCUCAAACGCAACAGACGCAGUUCGUGAUCCAGGAUGACGACAUCGUGACGGAUUCCUUCACAUCCCACCAGAUCUACGUCUCUGCCGACGCGUCGAACGAAAUGAUCCAGCGGCAGUUGCAGCACUCGGGAAUCGUGCAACAGAACCAGGAACAGCAGCAGCAAGUGAUCAUCCAGCAAUCGCCGCCCACGAAUCGCGUUAUUCUGCAGUCGUCACCCAGUCAGCCGGUCAUCGUGCACCAGUCUGGCUUGCAGGCGCAGACGCCCGUGGUGCUAAACAGCCAGCCGCAGCUGCAGCAGCCGCAGCGCCAGUUCAUCUACGACUCCACGGGCCAGCGGCCGAUCUACGCCAUCACGACGCCGGCGCCGCAACCUCAGAUGCAGCCGCGCCCACAGCAACAGCUGCGGCCGAGCCUGAUCGUGCGGCCGCAGCAGCGACCACAGAUUCGCAUGCAGCAACCGACGCUGACCUACCAGGCGCGGCCGCAGACACCGAGCACGACGGUGAUCCAGCAACGUGCCAGCAUCGCUCAGACGCGUGUUUCUAUGCCACAGCCAAGGCUCAGCAUUGCGUCGCCGGUGCGGCAGCGGUACAGGCCGCCCGUGCCGCGAUCUCAGGUCACAGUGUCGCCGCAGCGCCCUACGCGGCCAACGAAGUUCACCAACGUGUCGCCGCGGCCACAGAGAGUGCUAAACGCGGGCCUGGUGAGAAUGUCGCCUCCUGAGCGCGCGGCCAGCUUUAGUGGCACGCCGCGACCGCUGACGCCGCUGGCGAAGGUCAAUCGCACCUUCCCAGUGGCGGCAGCGCCGAAGCCACAGACGACGGUGCCCACGCCGGCCAGCAAGCUGGAGGUGCGCAAUAUCGUGCCCACGGCGCAGUCCUCGAGCGACCCAAACGGUGACCUCGAGGAGAGUAUCACGGCGUCGAUCCUGGAGAAGAGUCAGAUCACGCUCAACCUGCCGGACGGCGCGACGAAGGCAGAGGAAUUCACCGACGGCGCUCUGAACGGCGGCGUGGCGGAGAUAAAGAAGAAGGUCGUGAGGACUGUGGACACGAGUCGAGGACGUGGCCGCGGGCAGAUCGCCGCAGCGCGGCCGGGUGCGAAGCGACCGGUAAACCAGUCGGUGCAAGAUCUGUUCAACAGCGUGUCCAGCGACGUGGAGCAGCAGAACCAGCAGAUGCUGCUAACGCAGAGCAGCCCGGAGUGCGAGACGCGCGAGAGCGCCAAGAUGCUGGUGAUUCUGCAGUGCGGUGAGCAGCGGCUGAUCACAUUCACGUUGCCCAAGGAGUCGUGCACGGUGCAGGAGCUCCUGGAGCAGGUGGGUGUGCCGUUUACGCCUGACACGAACAUCCAGUGUGUGUCAAAUCCGGGCGCCAACAUCGACUACGUGGUGACGGUGGGAGAUCCUGUGCAGGAAGUGGUGCCCAAUAACCUGAUCGGCGCCGUGGAGCAACAAGAGCAAACGUCGCAGCCGCAGCGAACGCCUGUACGGCCGCCUGUGGCUUCUGUGGGCCAAUUUGCCACUUCCACGCCCGUGCAGCGUGCGCCGACGUUCAGCACGCCCAUUCAGCCGCAGCUGACGCCCAUCAAGAGCGCGCCGACAGCGCCAGAGCCGCCCAAGCCGCCGGAGCGGAAGAUCAUUCAGGGAUGGCUUGCGGUGUGCGGCAACUGUGGCUUCUGUGGCAUUGAUCACGCCAAGUGCGAGCGCUGCAAUCACAUUCUGGGCGACAGUCCCAAGCGGAUUCCCUGCAGCACGCCCAAGCCCACGCCGCCCACCAUGACGCCGCCCGUCCGCACGCCAGUGCCCGCGCUACUGCAGGCGCAGCCCAAGGUCACCAAGCAGUUCGUGCGCAUCCAGAAGGACGCCAUCGCGACACCCAAAAAGCUGGAGCUCGUGAAGAAGCCAGAACUCGCGAGGUCCGUCGGCACUGCGACCACGAGCACGCUGACCAACUCCCUGCCUGCGGCGCCGGUUAGCGCCGGUCUGAUUAAGGCGGCGGACAGGAUUGGUGCCAAGCCGCGCGGCGGCGCCGCCGUGCGCGGCAGGGGAAGGACUGCAAAGCCCACAGAGCCGCAGGAGCCGAUAAUCCUGACGCUGAGCAGCGACGACGAGGAGGACGAGAAGAGCAAGACGCAAACGGUGGCCAAGAAACAGGUGGCUGAGAAGGUGGCUGAAGUGAAGGCGCUCGCCUGUGAACCCGUGAUCACUGAGAAAACCAGUCCAAUUAAAGGAGAUCAACGAUUAAGUAUCACAGAUCUAUCGAAUGUUCCUGAUAAGUUGAUGACUUCCAUCCAGUGCCAGACAAUUCGGAUUGGAACGCUGCAGUAUGAGCCGAAAGAGCAAGUGAUUUUAUCAUCGCGAGGUGUGCGGAUAAUAGCGCCAAGUGUGAAGAAUCCCAAGGAGAACAUAAUCCUGGAUGUGCAGAUCAAGGAGAUCGUAAAGAUUAUAGCGCACUUCCCGAAGAAACUGCCCAUUCUGUUCAUCUACACGACGCCCAGCUGCGCUCAGUACAUCCGGAACAGCCUGGACAUGGCGAGCAACGCCACGAGCGGGCCAUACUUCGAUCCCUGCACGAAGCAUGAGUCCGUGCGGCGGAUCACGAUUCUGGCGGAGGUGAUAACGGAUGAGACGAAGUCUGUGAUCAAGUCGCUGUACAGCACGGCGGAACUGGAGGAGAUCACGUUCAAGGAUGCCAAUGAACUCUACAAGCGCUCCACAAUGAAGCUCACGAUCUCGUCUAGUGGCUCAAAUGUCACAUCGGCGGAUGAGGGCGCUGGCAGCGAGGAUGUGCACCAGAUCCUGAUCUAUCCGCAGGGUAAGGGUGGGAUUUCCAUCAACACGGAGGAUUACAAAUGUCUGGCGAUUGAUCAGUACUUGAAUGAUGUCAUCAUCGACUUCUUCCUCAACUACCUGCGCCUGUCGAUCUUCACAGAGGAGCAGCGCGCGAAGACGCACAUCUGCAGUUCGUUCUUCUACAAGAGAUUGACGGCCAUGUCGACACGCCAGCGCCAGAUGGAGAAGGAUCUGAAGAUGACGGCGUCGCAGAAGAGGCACCAUCGCGUCAAGGGCUGGACGAAAAGUGUGAAUCUGUUCGAGAAGGACUUCAUCAUCAUCCCGAUUAACGAGCAGAGCCACUGGUUCCUCGCCAUUGUGUGCUUUCCGGGGCUGAAGGGGCCGCAGACGUUCGAUGGUGGCGUGCCGGUGAAGGUGGCGCCGCUGGUGAAGAAGAAGACCAGCGAUGGGGAGAAGAAGGUGAGCGUGACUAUCGGCAACACGACGAUUACGCCGCUCACGAAGAAGGAGGAGGCGAUCUUUCUCAACGACGACUCCAUGAGUGAGCGCGACGAGGCGGAGGCGGAUGAGAGCGACAUGGAGAGCGAGGAGAGCGAACCGGAGGCAGAUCCUGACCACCAAGCGAUUAAACAGCCGUGCAUCUUGAUCUUCGACUCCCUGGCUGGAGGCUAUCGGAGUCGCGUGGUGGCGACGCUGCGGGACUAUCUGACGUGUGAGUACAAGGCGAAAAUCCUGCCCACGUCGAAUCACACGUUCAACAAGGACAACAUGCCGGGACACUCGGUGAAAGUUCCGCAGCAGAACAACUUCACGGACUGCGGCCUGUAUUUGCUGCAAUAUGUGCAGGAGUUCUUCGCGAAUCCCAUCAAGGACUACCGGCUGCCCAUCAAGCAGCUGCAGAACUGGUUCUCCACGAUCGUGGUGACGCGCAAGCGGGAGGAGAUAUCGAAUUUGCUUAUGGAUCUCGUGAAGGAGAGUCAUCCGGAGCGCCUGGAUCUGCUGCCGGUCAUUCAGUUUCCCACGCAGGAUGGCAAAUUGAUUGAGACGGAGGAGAACUUUGAGGAGACGGCGGAGUUCGAGGAGGAGGAGCUCGAUGAUCCCAACUUCGAGAUGGAAGAUGAGGAGACGGAUGGCACGGAAGAGGAAUCGCCGGAAAAGAAGAACGGCAGGAAGUUGAUCAAAAGGACAUUUGAUAAAAGUGAAAAGAAUUCACCGGAGAAAAAGAUACCGCGUACGAAUUAAUGACAAUUCUUUCAAUUGUAGAAUAAUAAUUUCACACCAUCGGAUUCUUA